CUUCCUCUUUUCUCUUCCCGUCUCCACUUUCUCACAUUCGCCCACAGUGUCUUCCAGCUGCAGUUCGUCUGAGCGCUGAGUGGAUCUGACUAAAUCACAAACGCCCGGUUGUGAGUGAACGUGGAUCAGGAUGAGUGACCAGUUUAACUGUGAGAACUGUAAGGAGUCUCUGUACGGGAGAAAGUACAUCCAGGUGGACGACGUCCCUCACUGCGUCCCCUGCUACGAUCGUCUCUACGCCAACACCUGCCAGGGCUGCAAAGAGCUCAUCGGACACAACUCACGGGAGUUGUACUACGAUGACCACCACUACCACGAGGAGUGUUUCCACUGCUCCCGCUGCAAUCGUUCGCUUGCCGAUGAACCUUUCACCUGCCAGGACGAAGCUCUUCUGUGUAACGACUGCUACUGCAGCGAGUUCUCCUCCAAAUGUGUGGCCUGCAACAAGGCCUUCAUGCCAGGAUUGAGGAAGCUGGAGUACGGGGGUUCUACCUGGCACGAGGAGUGUUUUGUGUGUCGUGUGUGUCAGCAGUCUCUGGGUUCGCAGUCAUUUAUCCCUGAUAAGGACGAGUAUUACUGUGUGCCCUGCUACGAGAGACGCUUCGCUCCCCGCUGCAGCCACUGCAAACAGAUCUUGCUGCAGGGUGGGGUGACGUACCGGGACGAGCCGUGGCACAGGGAGUGUUUCCUGUGCACGGGCUGUAAGAUGCAGCUGGCCGGUCAGCCCUUCACCUCUCAGGGGGAGAAACCCUACUGCGUCAAGUGCUUCAGCUGCCUGUAUGCACAGAAAUGCACCGCCUGCAACAAGGCCAUCACAGGUUUCGGUGAUGGGAAGUAUGUUUCCUUCGAGGACCGUCAGUGGCAUCAGUCGUGCUUUAAGUGCUCCGAAUGCUCCGUCUCUCUGGUCGGAGCCGGAUUUUUCCCAAGCGGCUCAAAGAUCCUGUGCAAAGACUGCACCAACUGAAACACGGAUUCUGUGUGUGUGUGUGUGUGUGUGUGCGCGCGCAUGCACGUGUGCGUGUGUGUGUGAAAUUUGUUUAUUUGUUUAUUAUUUUAAAGCAGUGUUUGUGUAGAAUAAAUCAUUCACGGUAUAAUAAUCAUUCACGAUGACAUCACUCACGUUUUGGUUUUUUGUUUGUUUGUUUGUUUGUUUGUUGUUGUUUUUCUUUUGUUUUUUACAUUUAAAAGAGCGAAAUGAAAUGCCACCUAACACCGGUGACUUAUUCUGGGAAAAUGAAAUGUUCUGUUACGGCUCCUAUGAUCCAAAGUUUUCACCAGUUUCUUCUUAAAAACAAAGACGUCCUCAGUUCUCGGGGAUAAACCCGAUUCGGGGGCGUGGCUACGCACGAGUUUAACCAGCGAUGUCACGAAAUAAGCUUGGCCAAUCACGUGUGAUAUGCAAAUUAACCAAAGAGUAACGAGAAAGGUUUAAUAUAGAACCCGGUGUUCUGACUAGCUAAGUUAGCUAAUAUUAUACGUUUCAUUGAUAAGCAAAACCAUGGUUGUUAUGGUAACGGAAUAUUUGAACACUUUUUUGGCUGCUAUUGAAUAAAUCAGAGGAUACGAUGAUGUAAAUUUGACUAACGGUUACAAAGACUGAACUAGACGUUUAGCUGUUUUGUUGCAAAUUCGACUAUAUUCAAACAAGAUUAAAUGAGUAUAAAGGUAAACGAAGGAUCCUUCUGUAAGAUUUUAGACGCUUAUUAAACAACUUAAAUGUAUGUAUAUAUAUAUAUAUAUAUAUUACUCUUUUUCUAUUCCCUUCUUAAAUCCUUUCAGACUCGAGUGUUGACACAUAAACUGUUUCACUCUUACUACUAUUUUAACUAGUUUUACGUGUUUAUAAACCUAGAUCAGAUGUACGACAGUAAAAGCCACGUCAUCAUUUCCAAACUGUAACGGUUUAUCAGCUAUAUAUUAAAACACACACACACACACACACACACACGCACCUAGCAUUGUUAGUUUGCAAACAAAACACUUAUGAUGUGUUGACCCUGGAGCUCAUUAAGUCGUAUUUCCGUCAUGGAAAGACACAUUUUAGAUGAAGUUGUGAGAACACUGUUGCUAGGCAACUGCGAAUCAAGGACGCCAAGCAUAUGCUAGCUGAAGACUAGCACGCUUCUGUUAGAGACAAUGUAGACAGCAAACAGCAACAGUUGAAAUGACACCAGAUCAUCAGCAACGUCAACUUUUCCCUCAGAGGUGUUGAUUAAUUACUAAGAAAAUACACCGUUUAGCUACAAUUAUCCUGCGGUUAUACUCAGCACGGACUGCUAAACAAGCUCGCGUGCUUUCCUCUCUGAGAAGCAUGAACAUUCAGUCACGAUUCAUACGAUUUAGAGAUGAGGGCUAUCUAUAUUUGACAGACCUCAUCUAAAAAUGAACUUGAAAGUAGUUUUAGUAAAGACCUCAAAGUAUUUAAAGAUGGCGGCCCCUCCCCCCUUUUCGGAAAUGUUCCAGCGCUUGAUUUUUGCAUGACGUUACCAUGUAGUAUAUCAGUUCAGCAGAACGUUACAUGUAUUUCAGAUGUCCUUAUCACGUUCCACAUCUAAGCAUUUCACCUGAACAAAUAUAUGCGUCAAAUACCGUUUUCACCCGAGUUACGUAACCUGCUUUGAGUCUUGCUGAGCGUGAAGAACCACAUUCCAACAUUUCAGUCACGAACGAGUGCAGUCUUAAUGCUCUCCUCUCGAGUUGUGCGUAUUUCAGCCUGUAAAUGAGCCUUGAGUGUUUGUAACGUGCCACUGAUUACUGAUUACCGAAGAAAUUCUCACAAGCCACGUGUCGACGUCGUCGUCAUCCGAACCUGCGUUCACGUUACAAGCCUUACUGCUCAAAUCCACCUCGUUUUAUUCCACCUUAAAGAUUCACAUGCGUGUUCGUAUUGUAAGUGACCUGUAGGUUAUGUGUGUCUCCUGAGGACCCCAAGUUCCGGUGUUGAGCUAGCUAGCUAACCUAUUAAUAUAUCACUACUUCAUUUUUUUGUUUGUUUUUAAACAACACUAUCUUGCUGAGGGAUAACGGUUAGCUAAACGAAAAUUCAUUGUAAAAUGUUUUCAUGAAACUCUUUACAAAAGUAUGUUAGCUUUCUAAUAAAAAAAAAAAUGCUAGCUAGCAUUAUGAGACAGUUAGCAAUGUUAGGUAAACAUGAACAGCUAGCUAGCUAGCUAGAAACAACAAAUGAAAUGCAGUUAGCUGGCUAGCAUUACACUGAGGCGCUGUCAGUGGAGUGGCUAAACAUGGCGUUAAAAAAAAUAAGAUGUUACGUGUGUUUAGCUAGCGAAAUGUGAAGCUAGAUAGCUAAAGUUACAUCAUAAUUAGCUAGUUAUCUACGACAGUAAUGUAUAGCUAUUGCUUUAGGCUUUAGAUGUAACGCUGGUUUAUUUAGUAUAUUACACUGUUAUUUUUCUUUAGACUGAUGAUCGCUAAUAAUUGAAAUUCAUUCCAAAAUGUUUACUAAAGUAAGCCAGCUUGCAUUAGCCUGCUAAUAAAUCAGCUAGCCAGCCAUUAAAGUAUCUUAGCUAAACAUAAAGAGCUAGUAGUGUUAGCUAGAAACAAGGUCUGAAACAUAGUUAGCUGGAUAGCAUUACACUGAGGGGUUCUUGAUGGAGUAGCUAACUGAGAAGCUAGCUAGCUAUUUCUGUCAUUUGACUAAAGUUAACCAUUUAGAGCUCGCUAGCACGUAGCUGUUAAGCGUCCUAUAGAGACAGUGUAAAGGGCAAUGUCACGUUUCUGUCCGACGAAUUACUGAGAAAAGACUCCAGCUUGCUAAAAUGACGCCAUAAUUAGUUAGCUAUCUCGUUCUGGUAAUGUAUAGCUAGUUCUGCCAACACUUUCCAUUGAAAGGAAAUCACAAUAGAAACACAGUGAUAGCUCUCUUCAUCCAACUCGUAGUUUAUUGAUUUCAAAUAUUUCUUAUUUAUUCAUUCUAUUCUGGAACGCGUGGAAUCCCGUUCCCGCCCUCGGAGGAAACUAAAUAAAUAAAUAAAUAAGGCGGUUUAUAGGUUUUACGUCUCACGGUUGCGACUUUGUUUCUCACGGUUGCGACUCUCUAUCGCAUUACCGGCUUUAUUUCCCGCAAUUUCUUUUCCGAUGACAUUCUUUCGGAAUUGCGAGAUUUAAACUCGUAACUGCGGGGAAAAUGUCAAAAUUGCGAGGGGAAAAAAAAAAUACAGAAUUGUGAGAUUUAAACUCAAAAUUGUGACAAAGCAAAUCAGAACUGCGAGAUUCAAGCUCAAAAUUGCGAGAAAGUAAAUCAGAAUUGCGAGAUUUCAACUCGUAAAUGCGGGAAAUAAAGUCGCAAUGACCUUUUUAUUCAUUAUUAUUUUUCACUGUAGUCGAAACGGGGUUUCCGUAGCAACAUGAUCAUUGGGACCACUUCAGGGAUGUAACGUGAACGGCUUCACGGAUGUAUUCUUCAGACAUUAUGUCGCGCCACUUCACCAGCAGUCCCGCUCGUCCGUGUCCGUCGGUCCUACAAUUUAGCUUUAAAGUCUAACGUCGUGUCCGCGUGGACGGGUUACACGUUUAUCCCAACAUUCUAAUAGAAACCUCGUGUCUCUGGGACCACCGUAACAACACAAGAACAGGCACUAUUAAAUACACAACAAAGUAAAACAAUGCAGGAACUUAUUCUAAUCUACGUUAGAUAAACACCACGUAUACACGUACGUGGAAGGACAGGCACGUUUUAUGGCAUUUUUAAAUGUAGAUGCUUUACUCGAGGUUGUGAGAUUCAGUGCUUUAAUGCCGGCAUUUAAAUCCAUUUAUUUGAACUAUAAUAUAAACGAAACAUAUCAAAUAUGCGCACAUUUAAGAAUGUAAAUCUAAUCUAAAAGCUGUCAGGAAGUGAAGCUUGCUCCUGCAUGUAAUGAAAUGGCUUUGUGCUGUACCGUAUUGUGUCGCGUUGUGUUGAAUUAUAUUGUACGGCAUGCGUAUACAAUAAAACGAGUGUGAACUCUA